UUCUUCUCAUUAAUCUCUCUUAUUCUGCAUUUAUUCUAACAUGGUAUCAGAGCUUCUGGUUUCGAUUUCCUGAGUUUUGAUUCUUUAUUCUCUAUUCUUAAACAAAUUCUACUCUCUAAAUCAUCAAACUCUUUCAUCUAUUAUCUCUUCUUCAUCUCACAGUUUGUCUCUAUAUUCUUCUUGACUUCUGUUCUUGUUUUUAAACAAAAUGAGUUCGACUGAUGCUGUGACUGAGAACUCAAAGCCUGUUGUUGUUCUUGUCAUCCCCAAAGGAGGAAACUACUUGCUGUGGUCAAGAACCACAAGAAUCGCUUUGUGUGGAUGAGGGCUCUGGAAUCAUGUCUUGGAAGACAAAACUCCAGCAGAAGACGACGCCAAAGAGGAAGAGAAGGAUGCAGAUGCCAAAGCCGCUGAGUCUAAGUGGUUCCAAGAAGAUCAAACCGUUCUUGGUGUAAUCUAAAACUCCCUUGAGCCGAGCAUUCUUGAGGCUUACUCUUACUGUGAGACCGCCAAAUCUCUUUGGGAGACCCUCAAGAAUGUCUUUGGAAAUGACUUGAAUCUGAGCCGAGUCUUUGAGGUCAAGAAGGCGAUAAACAACUUGAGCCAAGAAGACAUGGAGUUCAAAAUGCACUUUGGGAAGUUUAGAUCGCUUUGGGCUGAGCUGGAGAUGCUGAGGCCGAGCACUGUGGAUCCCAAGGCGCUAAAUGAAAGGCGUGAACAAGACAAGGUGUUUGCUCUCUUUCUUACAUUAAAUCCGAUCGUUAAUGAUCUCAUCAAAUACAUAUUGAGGGAAUACAAGCUCCCAAGCCUUGAAGAGGUGUGUUCACGGAUUCAAAAGGAACAAAGGUCCAUGGGUCUCUUUAGAAAGCAAGAUCUCAUCUCAGCUAACAAAGGUGUGUACAAAGCCGAUGAGAAGAAGCCUUGGGUGUGUGACCAUUGCAAAAAGAAGGGCCACAUCAAAGACAAGUGCUGGAUCCUCCACCCACAUCUCAAGCCGAAUAAGUUCAAAGAUCAGAGGUCCAACCUUGCUCGUGAGGAUGCCAGUACAUCUGCAUCAGGAGGAGAGGUGGCUAUGACUGCAUCAGCCGCGUAUGUGAGGAAGAGUGAUCUAGAGGCUCUCAUCAAAGCUUUUGCCUCAAAGCACUCUGGAUAUUGAUAAUGGAAAGUUGCUUGGAAAAGGUGGAACCAGAGAUGAGCUUUAUGUUCUUGAGGAUACUACACCAAGCAAAUCUGAUAAUUUCUCGUUUAAGUCUUGUUAUUCAGCUAGUUUAAGUUCCAUUUGGCACGCUAGAUUAGGACACCCACAUGCUCGUGCUCUUGAAUUAAUGUUGCCUGAUGUUUCAUUUGAUCACACUAGUUGUGAAUCUUGUAUUCUCGGUAAACAUUGUAGAACCGUGUUCCCUAAAUCAUCUACUCUUUAUGAAAAAUGCUUUGAUCUUGUGCACUCUGAUGUUUGGACCUCACCUUCCAUGUCUAGAGAUAGUAACAAGUAUUUUGUGACAUUUAUAGAUGAAAAAUCGAAAUACACUUUAGAUCACAUUAAUGCCAUCAAAGGACCGUAUAUUUGAAGCUUUCACUAAUUUUCAAAACUAUGUCACUAACCAAUUUAAUGCCAAGAUCAAAGUGUUUAGAUCAGAUAGUGGUAGGGAAUACACAAGUCAAAGAUUCAAAGAGAACUUAUCAAAGCAUGGCAUUCUUCAUCAAACUAGCUGUCCUUACACUCCUCAACAUAAUGGAGUAGCUGAGAGGAAGAACCGGCAUCUAAUGAAGGUGGCCAGGUCGAUGAUGUUCCAUACAAAUGUAACAAAAAGAUUUUGGGGGAAGUGCUGUGCUUGCGGCUCGCUAUCUCAUCAAUCGGAUCCCAACAAAAGUCUUACAAGACUUAUCACCAUUUGAGGUACUUAACAAAACCAAACCCUCCCUUGAUCACUUACAUGUGUUUGGGUCUGUGUGUUGUGUUUUUGUACCAGGUGAGCAAAGGAAUAAGCUGUAGGCUAAGAGUGUUAGAUGCAUGUUCCUUGGCUAUUCAACAAUUCAAAAGGGCUAUAAAUGCUAUGAUCCGGUCAACAGCCGCACUUAUGUGUCCAGGAAGGUCAAGUUCAUCGAGGGCCAAGGUACUAUGACAAGAAAUAUUGGGAGAGUUUAAAGGAUCUGUCUAGUUAUCCUUCGGAUCUUGCCACCAGCUUGAGAUUUCUUCUUGAUCAUCACGGGAAUCAAGACACAAAAAGACCUGUUUCAGUUCAAGCUCCUAAUCCUGUUCAAGAAGAGGCAAGCUCAGAGUCACAAACUACUCAACAAGACACGACAAACGCUGAAGAGGAGGACCCGAUUCAAGAUCAACAUCAAAACUUGAAUGAUGAAUAAGAGGAGCCAGUUACUUUAGCCGAAGAAGGAUCGGUCAUUGAAGAAGCGACUCAACCGCUAAGAAGAAGCUCUCGCAUCAGAAAAGAUCCUUCUAAUUGGGUAAAUACAAGAGUCUACUACAACAGUCAAGCUGUUGCUCAUCCUAUUCAGGUCAUGUGUUCUCUUGCCCUUUUGCCAGCCGAUCAUCAAGCGUUUCUUGGCAAAGUGGAUCAACACUAUGUUCCUAGAAGCUAUGACAAGGCCAAAGAUAAGAAAGAGUGGGUUAAUGCCAUUGGGGAUGAGAAUGGGGCUAUGGAAAGAAACCACACUUGGGAUAUAUCUGAGUUACCACCAGGGAAGAAAGCCGUGAGCUCCAGGUGGAUAUUCACAAUCAAGUACAAGAGCAAUGGAGACAUUGAGAGGUAUAAAGCUUGCUUAGUUGCCAGAGGUUUCACUCAAACUUAUGGGGAAGACUACACUGAUACUUUUGCUCCAGUUGUCAAGCUCCACACCGUGAGAGUGGUGCUCUCAUUGGCCACCAAUUUAUCGUGGGACUUGUGGCAAAUGGAUGUCAAAACGCUUUCCUUCAGGGGGAGAUUCAAGAGGAAGUGUACAUGACUCCACCACCUGGUCUUGAAGACACAAUUGAGCCUGGGAAAGUUCUAAGAUUUUGGAAAGCCAUCUAUGGCUUAAAGCAAUCACCAAGAACUUGGUAUCACAAGCUCAGCUCAACUCUUAUGGAACAUGGCUUUAAAAAGUCUCACUCAGACCACACCUUGUUUACGCUUAAGGGCCAUCAGGGCAUUGUUGUGGUGCUUGUUUAUGUCGACGAUCUUAUCAUCUCAGGCGAUGACUACAAAAGCCUUUCUUAAUGCCAAAUUCAACAUUAAAGACCUUGGCAAGUUGAAAUACUUCCUUGGCAUUGAAGUUUGGAGGUCUCCAGAGGGCCUUUUCUUGUCUCAAAGGAAGUACACUGUCGAUCUUCUAAGUGAGACUGGAAAACUUGGAGCUAAACCUGCUAAGACACCGCUUGAAGAAGGCUACAAGGUCAAUCGAAAGGGGGAGAAGACAGAUGAGAUUUUCAAAGAUGUAUCUCGAUAUUGAAGGAUAGUGGGUAAACUGCGGUGAAUCAAGUCAGCCAACACAUGCAAGCACCAACAGUGUAUCAUUGGAGCAUGGUAGAAAGAAUACUGAGGUAUCUCAAAGGCACCCCGGGUCAAGGUAUCUGGAUGGGAAAGAACAUCAGCACUGAAAUCCUGGGACACUGUGACUCAGAUUGGGCUGGAGAUAGAGUGGAUAGAAAGUCUACAACAGGAUAUUGCACCUUUAUUGGAGGAAAUUUAGUAACCUGGAAGAUUAAGAAGCAAAAAGUGGUCUCAUUUUCAACUGCAGAAGCCGAAUAUAGAGCCAUGAGAAAGCUUACCAGUGAACUUACAUGGCUUAAGGCUCUUUUGAAGGAUCUCGGCAUUGAACAAGAAGGUCCUAUUACUAUGCAUUGUGACAAUCAGGCAGCUAUUCAUAUAGCCACCAACUCGGUUUUUCAUGAGAGGACUAAGUCCAUUGAGAUAGAUUGUCACAAGGUGCGUGAGAAGAUUGAGGAAGGAACGGUUCUGUCGUGUUACACAAGAAGUGAGGUCAGCUGGCAGAUAUCUUCACCAAGGCCGCAAGUCUCAAGGUUUGCAACAAUCUAUUCAGCAAACUUAGGCUUGUGGACCUUACUCAUCCUUGAUCCCUGAUCCAUGCCCUUCAUACUCUUUUUCCCUCAACAAAGUUUUGUCCCAUGAAGUUUUCUUUGUUGAGGUUUUUAAUGAGGUGAAGUACAUGGGUCUUCAAGCUUAGUCUUCACAUGUUCUACGACUAAGCUUGAGGGGGAGUAUUAAUCAGGGUGUUCUAGGCAUUGAGGAGUCCAGACUUGUCUAAGUGUGAAGCCCAUGUCUAGUUGUCCAAGGCCCCAGAGAGAUUGUCUCGGAAAAGUUGGAGGAAUAAGCUUCUGUCCAUACAAUGGUCCCCACAGUGAGUUUUGGACCCGUGACUAAGGAGCAGCCGACCGUUGGAGCUGUCACUGUCCUUCUUGGAUCCAGCAUUGCGUCUACAGACUUGAAUCACGUGUUUUAUAUGUGUGUCUAACCACUUUUAUUUGUCUGUACUCUAGCUAAACCUAGUUUCCCUCUUGUAGCUCUAUAAAGAGCAUUUUACCGCUAAUGAGAAUACAUACAUUU